CGGCUUUUUGCGGAUGUCGCCCCUUGAGCCAACAUUCCGCGGAGAAUGUCUCUCUGUAUCAAAUACGGAUUUGACUUCCGCGGAAGGUACAUAAAUAUGUCAUUAUAUUCUCGAGCUUCAGCCACUAGACAAUGUCUCCAAUCCUUCCUCUCCAUAUCAUUCGCGCCAUUUUUGAACACACGGCCAGGUAUAAUAUUCAAGCCGCUACACGACUUGUCCAAGUCUCCCAUUUGGUCCAGCACUGGACUGAUCCAAUCCUAUAUGCGAACGUGGUUCUUCUAAGAGAGAGGUCCCGGAAAGCCUUCUUGAGGACCGCAAGAUCCUCUAAACGGGCUCUCCUAUCAGCAACAGUCCACUCGCUCUGCCUUUCGUUCGAUCCAAAAGAUGACUGUGUCCCAAACAUCCUUUUGGCAUGCCCUAGAAUUGUCGACAUAACGAUAUACACAGUUCAAAGCAAGUCCUUGAAUGAGGUCGAACUUCAGAUCGCUUCUUGGAAUUUCGAGAAGUUACUGGGGGCUCUAAACCGCUUGCGUCCACGUCAAGUUCAAAUCCAAUUGGGCGCAUUAUCUACUGCGCACGCUCGGAUUUCACAAUUUCGCCAUUAUUUCUUUCUAUCCACCACACAUCUCAUGAUCAUGGAUAGUUGGGAGUAUUGGGGUUGGUUCGACUUCGCAAUGCUUCCUUCUCUUACCCAUCUUUCGCUGAACCUCAGAAUCCAUUCCCUACCCUUGGAAUCUAUCAAGCAUGCAUUGGAAUUUAUUCGCGACGUUUUGGGGCGCUGUACAAGGCUCAGGUUAUGUAUCGUCCGAAUAUCGUCGCUUGGACCCCUCGAGGUAUCAGAAGAAUCUGUUCAGAGCAUCCAUCCGUUGAUUCGGGACCAAAGACUCGUGUUCCUAUAUGACACGGAACAUCUGUUUAGGAGCCAGGGCGUAGAAAUGACCCGAGAUACGUCGAUUUGGGAACAAGCAGGGGAUAUUUACAAUGAACGGGAUAAGGCAAAUACGAACCCCAAAUUCAUGCCAUCUGCGGUGUAGAAAAAUCCUCAAGGUUCGGAGGAGUCACUGAGGCGUUUUAUCUGGCCCUGCGGGGUUUGCAGAAAGUCCGCGGAGAUCCGGUUCAGCGUAAAGCUGUCAAAACCUUUGCGGCGUGAAAAGUUGUGAGAGGUAGUAGGACACUCGGAGUAGGACUAGAUAAAGGAGAGGGUAUUGUGUACAUUAAUACAGCUUGCACAUCAAGCAUCAAAUAUCAAAAUGCAUCAGGCAUGGUCCAAAUUCUUCGUGGAAUAUGCAAUCGCAUCCUGAGCAGCGAAAAUAUAAAAUAGCCGAGCGGGUUCUGGUCGACUUCCCCAUCUGGAUGGAGGACUUGAAGGUCUAUCAGUAUGAGGUCUAGGGUCUAUUCGAGACGAAGACAUAGAUGGAAGUCAAAACGCAUUUCAAUUGGGUAUUUUGUAGUAUUACACGGAAAAUAUUU